UCUUCUGUUCCCUUUCUACUCGCAUGCUCUAACUGAAAAACCUGUCGUUUCAUCGGAAAUCUUUCGGAGGGAUUAAGGUUUCGAUCAGGUUGGUUGUUAGUUGCCCUUAAUUUUCUGUUCUUGACAUGGACAAUAUCGGCGGCGACCGGGAAUUUUUGCAGAGCCUGAUAAGUGAGCUGGCGAAUGGGAGGGACGCUGCUACGCAUCUCCAGAUGAUCCUUAAUGCGCCAUCAUCGUUUUCUCCGGAGACUCGGGAGUUGUUGGUUCAUAAUGUCCUGGCUUCCUACGACAGGGCGCUCGGGAUGCUCAACUACUCGCCGGAGAGUGCUGCGGUCCAGCCGGCGGCGGCGGCUGGACCGGCAUUGGGAAUUGAAUCUCCGUCGUCUUUUACGGGGAGUCCUCAUAGUGAGGAUUCUGACCGCGAGUAUGAUGGGUCUCGGAGGAGAAAUGCGCCGCGUUGGACGCAAAAGGUUCAGGUUUGUCCCGGGUCGGGGCUUGAAGGGCACCUUGAUGAUGGGUAUAGUUGGAGAAAGUAUGGGCAGAAAGACAUUCUUGGAGCAAGAUAUCCCAGAGGCUAUUACAGAUGCACUCAUAGGCAUGCCCAGGGCUGUUUGGCUACCAAACAGGUUCAGAGAUCCGAUGAGGAUCCGACCAUUUUCGACAUAACUUACCGGGGAAGGCACACCUGCAACCAGGCCGGCGGCAACCCAAACCCGCCGCAAAAUCAAGAACCAAACAUGCCGGAGAGCCAACGGAAUAUUAUCCCGUUCACCCAACAACAAGGCCACCCAUCGGAAACUCUCUUAAGUUUCCGCAGACAACUCAGAGUUGAAACCAGCGAUUUAGACAACACUCCCCAAGAAAAUCAGCAGUUCACUUAUUUAUACACCUUCCCUUCAAGCUCCGAUCAGAGCUACACUUUCCGGCCGCCGUCGGCGCCGGACGCCGGCAACUUUUCGUGGAGCAUUUCGCCUUCCUUCGGCUCCCCUGCUUCCACCACGGCGUCCAGCGACUUCGGCCGCCGUCCCCGGCCGACAACGGAAGCUCCGGCGACUACCACUACCAACGCCGGCGGGAUUAUUCCGGCGGUUUCCGCCGGAAAUUCCCCCGCCGUUGACCCCGGAUUUGCUUUUGGCACUGUGGGUUUUGACUCAAACUUCACCUUUGAUAGCCAUGGAUUCUUUCCAAACCCCUGAAAAUUGAAACCACCAAAAAAAAAAAACGGUCGAAUAAAAGCUGCGUUAAAUAUAAUUAAACAAUCCCUGCAUGAAUCUUUGGAUCAUUGUCAGGUGGGAUGAAACUUAGUCCUCGUUGCAGAGAAGGAUGAUGAAGAAAAUUCGCAGUUACUUAGUCUAUGCUUAACCAAUUCAGUUGAUUCUUGACUCUCGAAGCUCAUUAUAUUGUUGGACUUUUUGUUUUGUUUUUGGUUUGUUUCAAGUGACCUGUAAUACUGUAGAAGUGGAAUAGUAAAGUGAUACUGUCCAAACUUAUUCCGUGAAGUUUAGCGAACGUACAACAUCCAAUCAUAUAAUACACUAAUAAGUUAAUAACUUAGUUUUUAUUAUUGAACAGGAAAUUGUUGGGUGUUUUGAGUAUCAAUGUAUAAUUAUUUUAGAAACUUGUAUACCGUUUUUUGUCAAAUAUCAAACAUACCUUUUAUUUUUUA